AUGUCUCAUGUACACUCGAUUUUUAUCGUUUAUAACAAUAUACCAGAAAAUGACAAAUGGAUCAAAGAUUGGCCAAAAAUACAAGGUUUUUAUACUUAUUCAGAUAAUAUUAGCAGUAAGGUUUGGAUUAAGAUUCAGCAAUAUCAUCGAAAUUCAACCAAAGAAGUAGAUUCAUGGUUGAUGUGUACACAAUUGAUCAAAGAUAUUCUUCGCCAAACUAAAUAUGAGGAGAACACGCCGAAAAAAAUUUUUAUUCAGUUUUGUCAUCGCAAACUUCAUAUUGAUGGUGAUGAACUCAAUGAAUUCGAACAUACUUAUCAUCAGCAUACACCCAUCUGGUGGUAUAUAAAAGAUGGUUUUCUUUCGCAAAUCAUUAAUCGAGCAUUUCAAUCACAAGACAUACCCACUAUUGUCAAAAUGUCAUUCUUUCUUCAAGAUCUUGAUCGGCAAAUACGAACAAUAUACAAACCUCCUUCUCAUCAAUCAAUAAUAUUGUAUCGAGGGCAAGGUCUAUCACAUGCACAUUUUGAACAACUACGUCUUAUACAAGGUGGUCUUCUCUCCUUUCAUACUUUUCUCUCAGCCACUGCUGAUAAAGAAAUCGCCAUGUCUUGUGCUGAUUCGUUUCGCGAUCAUAAUCCGAGUCUCAUAAGCAUUCUUUUUCGACUCGACAUUCUUCCCAAUACUCACACUUCAACAUCAUUCGUAUCGUUGGAUGAUAAGAGUUCUUGGAGUGAAUCGAAAGAUGAAUGCUUAUUCACAAUGGGAGCGAUGUUUCGAAUUGGACAGAUGAAACAACUGGAAGAUCAACUAUGGCAAGUAGAACUCACCUUAGCCAAUGAUGAUGACGAAGAUCUACAACUACUGACGACAUACAUUCGACAAAUGACCCAAGAUUCGACUGGAUGGGACCAACUCGUUCGUUUGCUGGUUGAAUUAAAACACUUUGAUAAAGCAGAAGAGGUGCUUGAUCUACCCAGUGAUAAUUCCGUAAGGAACGAUGCUGAUAAUCUUGUUCAUGGUUAUCAGCUGAUGGCAUGGAUAAAAAAAAAGCGAAGAGAACACAAGAAAGCUAUUCUCUUCUAUCAUAAAGCAUUGAAAACAUGUCAAACUUCAACGAAUGUCAAUGAUAUUGAUGUUGCUACGAUUUAUAAUGAUCUUGGUUCAUUAAAGUACAACACUUUUACUUUAACAGUUAAAGUUAAAGUAAAAACACUUUCCACUUUAACUUUAUUUAAAGUUAAAGUAUUUUAA